CUCCGGCGGCGGGCUGGCCCCGGCACUCAGAGCCGGGCUGCACGGCGCCGGGCCCCGUGGUCGGGCGCAGCGCGGAGCUGGUCCGGCCCCAUGCCGAGCACCGCCGCCGUUGAGCCCUGCCAUGGGCGGCUGCGUGGGGCGGCAGCGCCGGGAGCGGCCCGCCGCCGGGAACCCCCGCAAGCGAGCAGGUCGCAAUGAGCCCCUGAAGAAGGAGCGUCCCAAGUGGAAGAGCGACUAUCCUAUGACAGACGGGCAGCUGCGCAGCAAGCGGGAUGAGUUUUGGGACACAGCACCUGCCUUUGAGGGCCGCAAGGAGAUCUGGGAUGCUCUGAAGGCAGCUGCCUAUGCCGUGGAGGCCAACGAUCACAGCCUGGCCCAGGCCAUCCUUGAUGGAGCCAGCAUCACCCUGCCUCAUGGGUCCCUCACAGAGUGCUACGAUGAGCUGGGCAACCGGUACCAACUGCCUGUCUACUGCUUGGCCCCUCCUGUCAACUUGAUCCUGGAGCGAAGUGAGGAGAUGACAGCAGAGCCAGUGGAGCCCCUGCCAAACACCCGACGGGAGUUUGCUCUCAAGGUGCGACUCUCCACCGGCAAGGACCUGCGGCUCAAUGCCAGCAUGAGCGACACCAUUGGGCAGCUGAAGAAGCAGCUGCAGGCACAGGAGGGCAUCGACCUGGCCUGGCAGCGCUGGUUCUUCUCAGGCAAGCUGCUCACUGACCGUACACGGCUGCAAGAGACCAAGAUCCAGAAGGAUUUUGUUGUGCAAGUGAUUGUCAACCAGCCCCUGACGUCCAGGAACUGAGACACCCCUGCACUAGCUGCUGGGAGAGGGCAGCAGGCCAGGGGGCAGUGGCACCUCUGGGGAUGCCCUGUGCUGCAUCUCAGCCUUGACAAAGCUAGGACAGCCCUUACUUUCCUGCAAAGCAGACCCCUCCAUCCAAGUGACCCCCAGGAAUGUCUGCAUGGGGCUGUGCUGCUGGAGUGGCCCCUUUGGGCUGGCACACAGGCACGAACUGCAUUUCCUUCUGGAGGUUCAAGACCAAAUGUCUCUGGGGUGGUUAUCACAGCCAGGGCCCCGCUGGUGGGUUGUGCUGGCAGGGAGAGGCUGUGACCUGCUGGGCUUCAGCUUCCCUGGCCAGGAGGCCCCAGGGUGCUGGGCUGGGUGGUGAUGUCUCCCCUCUGUACAUAGUCUGUAUUUAUCAAUAAAGCCUUUUCGUCAU